CAUUACUCAAAGACUUGUCUGAUUGUAGGCCUAUUUCAGCCUCUGCAACUCUUAUUGCAAGGUCCAGUUAUAGAGAAACCGUUCAUUCUCUCAUGUCAGACAAAUUGAACCCCUGUACAUGAGUGGUACCUGAAAACCAGAGCGAUGCUGUUGCUACGAGUCCAGUCAUCUGAAGGCACACGAAGAGUGGAAUGUGAUCCCCUUGAUACAACCAUGGAUUUAUUCCAAAAGGUUCACGAUGCCUUUGGAUUAAGUGGAUUUUGCUUUGCCCUUUUUCGUGAACGAGGAAACAAGGAUGAAAUCAAUUCCUCCAGGAGCAAAACCUUGAAAAGCAUUGGUCUUAACCAUGGAGAUCUCAUUUACUUAGCACCUAUUAAUGGAGCUCUGUUAUGGCCCAUUGAUUCCCCCAUGAACUCUCAUACAAGCAUCACUCCAUCAGCGUCUGGGGAGCAUGAUAGAUCAGAGCCGUCAACUAGCAGCAGCCAGACAUCGCAAUGGAAAGCGUCUGCAAGUUUUUCUUCAAGUAGUUCAUCAAAUGGUUCUCAAGAGGAUGAUGUGGAUUUGCAACUUUGGAAAAUUGACGGAAAAAUAAAACGAGAUCGGGACGAUAAAUUUUGUCGUCAUGGUGCAAAUGCUUGCUGUUUACAUUGCUCCCCUCUAGAACCGUUUGAUGAAGCAUACUUGAAAGAACAAAAAAUUAAACACAUGUCUUUUCAUUCAUAUCUGAGAAAACUGACUGCUGGUGUUGAUAGAGGUAAAUUUGUGGCCCUGGAAGACAUAAGCUGCAGAAUCAAGUUAGGUUGUAAAGACCAUCCACCAUGGCCACGUGGCAUUUGCUCCAAGUGUCAACCAAAUGCUGUGACUUUGAACCGACAGGUGUACCGUCAUGUUGACAAUAUAACAUUUGAAAAUCCUCAAAUAGUAGAACGUUUCUUGGAUUAUUGGAGGGUUACAGGUCAUCAGAGAAUUGGUUUCUUAUAUGGUACUUAUGAAAUCCAUGCUGAUGUUCCUCUUGGAAUCCGAGCUACUGUGUCUGCCAUCUAUGAACCUCCACAGGAAAGUUCAAGAGACUCUGUUUCGUUGCUUUUGCCGGAUGAGAAAGAAGAUGUAGUGGAUGAUGUAGCCAGGCAACUUGGAAUGAAGCGCAUUGGAUGGAUUUUCACUGACUUAAUUGCAGAUAACAUGCAAAGAGGAACUGUUCAGCAUGUGAGAAACAUUGAAAGCCAUUUCCUCUCUGCUCAAGAAUGUAUAAUGGCUGGGCAUUUCCAAAAUUUGCACCCUAAUCCUUGCCGAUUCUCACCUGGUGGAUACUUUGGUUCCAAAUUUGCUACCGUCUGUGUCACAGGAGAUUCUACCAACCAAGUCCAUAUGGAAGGAUACCAGGUUUCAAACCAAUGCAUGGCUUUGGUGCGUGAUAGUUGUCUAGUCCCCACGAAGGAUGCCCCUGAGCUUGGAAGUAUUCGUGAAUCAAGUGACAAGCAGUAUGUGCCUGAUGUUUACUACAAGGAGAAAGACAACUAUGGCAAUGAGGUCCCCCGCUUGGCCAGGCCUCUACCUGUUGAGUAUCUACUGGUUGAUGUUCCUGCAUCCACGCCGCUAGUACCUCAGUACAAGUUUAUGGUGGAUCCAAUGGUUACACAAUUCCCUGUUGAAAACAGGAUGGUGCAAGGCCAUUUACAAGAUUUUGCUACUUUAAGCACUUAUAUGCGCCAAUUUUCUGAUGAUCAGUUCCUUUUGGCAAUGUCUGAUUUUCAUGUCCUGCUGUAUAUGGCCACUAUGGACAUGUUACCUUUGAAGGAACACAUGGGUCCGUUACUGGAAGCAGUAAGGACGAAUGACGGUGCCAAGGCCUUGGAAUGGCGCCAUUCGGAACAGUGGGGUACAGUGGAACAGUUGAUCGCCGCCACCGAGGCUCCGAGCGCAUCGGGCGCAGCGCGUGAUGACCAUGGUGUGAGUGGAUCGGGACUCGGCGGGGGAGCCAAGUGGACUUGCCCUCAUUGCACAUUUAUCAAUGCAUCACAUUUGUCAUCUUGUGAAAUGUGCAAUUUACCUAGGUCAUAGCAAGGUCUUUACUUUUAUAAGCUGUACUUUGGAGUACCUUUUUCCCUUGUUUGUUUGUUAUAUUUUGUAUAUAGUUCUAAAUCCAAACCCUGAAAUGAUGUUACAAUAGAGAUUCAAGCUUGGAAGUGUAUUGUGGAUGAAGGCCUAAAUGUCAGAACCAUGCACUCUGUUCUGUGUAUAUUUAUUUGAUUGUUGCUUUAUUCAGUGCUUUAGCAUCCUGGAAAUUCAUUUUCUUACACUCCGACCUCCAAUUUGGAAUGGGUGAAACAGUUGGAUUUUCAAACUGUUUGUGAAUUUUCAUGUAACUUUUAAUGACAUCACUUUCUUAUGUAUCGUUACAGCUGUUGCUUUCUGCCAAUGUUUUCAUGGCUGUUAUAAGGUACAGUUGUUAGGGAUUUUCCAAUACUUACACCUCAAACUAAAACCAGGUUGUGCUCCUUCAGAGCAUUUUUACUUCAUCCUAAUCAAGGAAAUUGUUUGUGUAGGUAGCUCUUGUGUCCAUAUUUUAAUUCUUGAGUUCGGCUUUAAUUUUCAUGGUCUUAAGUUGUAUAAAUUAACUGAAUUUGUAUGACUACAUUUUUUAAGUUGAGACAGUAUUGUUUUUGUCUCUAACUUUUGAGUUUUACUGCUUUUUCCAAUUCCUGUUUUCCCUUACUCAGGUAAUGAAAUGAAUUCGUUAUAAGAUGGAUGCAUGAUUAACAACAAAAAUGCCCAUUGGUACUUUUGAAUCAUGUUUGAAUCUGACAUUCAUCUGGUUAUGUAGAAAUAACAGGACUAUGUAUUUUUCUUCUUUUUUUUUUUUUGGAAAAAAAAAAGUCAUAGCUGUGAUCAAUGACUGGUGUUAUUUUUCCCAGUCAUUUGCCCAUGUAAAUGAUAAUGUUAGUUAAUGAAAAAAAUGAGACUUUGGGAAUUAGGAAAGAUUUAAUCAUAAUUAUGAUAUGCUAUAGUUGUCUGAUAAAAUCUCUGGAGAGCCAUAUAUCCUACUUUUGACAAUGGCUGCCUGAAAACUCUAAGUAAUGCAGAGCUGACACCAGGUGUCAGCAUUAGUAAAUCUUUUUCUUCCCCUCAGGAAACUAUGAGGUUAUCUUGGACAUUAACCCAGAGAAAGGCCAAAAUGCAGAUCAUCCAAAUAUUAAUUAACAAUUCCCAAGUUUAUUUUGAACCUUUCCUUGAUUCAAAGCUGGCACCUAAGGUUGUCUUUCUGCUUCUAAAAUGGAACAAUCUUAUUUCAAAGCUUGGGCUGGAAUGUUCAAGCAGACUACAUGUAAUUUCUAAAAUUACAAAUGUGUAGCUGGUGGUGUGUGUUGGUGUUGCCCUGGGACUAUAUUCCAAAGAAUAUGGAAUUUGUGUACAGUCGUGCUGUAAGAAGAAAAAUCCUGCAAGGAAGCACUCUUUGUACAGUUUCAUAAAUAAAGACAAAAAUUCUUCCA